AUGAGUGGCGCGAAGGGCGACGGGCCGGCGAUCGGCAUUGACCUCGGGACGACCUACUCCUGCGCCGCCGUCUGGCGGCCGUCGCACAACCGCGUCGAGGUCAUCCCCAAUGACCAGGGCAAUCUCACCACCCCGUCCUGCGUCGCCUUCACCGACACCUUGCGGCUCAUCGGCGACGCGGCCAUGAACCAGGCCGCCACCAACCCCUUCAACACCGUCUUCGAUGCCAAGAGACUAAUUGGCCGGCGAUUCAGCGAUGCAUGUGUGCAAGGAGAUAUAAAACUAUUCCCAUUCAAAGUCAUUUCAGGGCCUGGUGACCGGCCAAUGAUUGUUGUGCAUUACAAGGGUGAGGUGAAGCAGUUCUCACCUGAGGAGAUCUCCUCUAUGAUACUCAUCAAGAUGUGGGAGAGUGCCGAGGCCUAUCUUGGAACGGCAGUGAAAAAUGCUGUCAUCACUGUUCCAGUCUACUUCAACGACUCCCAACGCCAGGCCACCAUUGAUGCUGGCGCCAUUGCUGGUCUCAACGUCAUGCGCAUCAUCAACGAGCCAUCCGCAGCAGCCAUCGCCUAUGGUCUUGACAAGGCAUCCCGCAGCGGUGAAGGGAAGACGGUGCUCAUCUUUGAUCUCGGCGGUGGUACCUUAGAUGUCUCCAUUAUCAGUAUUCACAAGGGCACCUUCACAGUCAAGGCCACAUCUGGUGACACCCACCUCGGUGGGCAGGAUCUCAACAGUCGGAUGGUGGAAUAUUUUGUGCAGGAUUUCCUUAAGAGGCACAAGAAUGAAUGCAUGAGUGACAUCAGAAACAACCCUAGGGCGCUUAUGCGGUUGAGGAUGGCAUGCGAGAGGGCUAAGAGGUUCUUGACUACCAUGCCGCAGGCAAAAUUUGAGAUUGACUCACUUCACGACACCAUUGACUUCUAUGGGACCAUCACCCGACCCCGUUUCGAGGAGCUCAACCUGGACCUCUUCCGCAAGUGCACUGGACAUGUUGAGAAGUGCCUCGCUGAUGCCAAGAUGGACAAGUCUCAGAUCCACGAUGUUGUACUUGUGGGUGGCUCCAGCCGCAUCCCCAAGGUGCAGCAGCUGCUCAAGGAAUUCUUCAACGGGAAGGAGCUUUGCAAGAGCAUCAACCCUGACGAGGCUGUAGCCUAUGGCGCUGCUGUCCAGGCUGCGGUCCUCAAUGGCGAAUGCGACCAGAAGGUGCAGGACUUGCUCCUGCUGGAUGUCACGCCGCUCUCCCUCGGGAUAGAAACUGGCGCCGGGCCGGCGAUCGGCAUCGACCUCGGGACGACCUACUCGUGCGUGGCCGUGUGGCGGCCGUCGCACAACCGCGUCGAGGUCAUCCCCAACGACCAGGGCAACCUCACCACGCCGUCCUGCGUUGCCUUCACCGACACCUGCCGUCUCGUCGGCGACGCGGCCAUGAACCAGGCCGCCAUGAACCCCAUCAACACCGUCUUUGAUGCAAAGCGACUGAUGGGUCGGCGAUUCAGUGACUCGACCGUACAAGGUGAUAUGAAGCUAUGGCCUUUCAAAGUCAUUCCAGGUCCUGGUGACCGGCCAAUGAUUGUAGUGCAGUACAAGGGGGCGGAGAAGCAGUUUGUCGCUGAGGAGAUCUCCUCCAUGUUGCUCAUGAAGAUGCAAGAGGCUGCCGAGGCAUACCUAGGCACGCCAGUAAAGGAUGCGGUUAUCACUGUCCCAGUCUACUUCAACGACUCCCAGCGCGAAGCCACCCUCGAUGCUGGCGUAAUUGCUGGCCUCAACGUCAUACGCAUCAUCAACGAGCCCUCCGCUGCGGCCAUUGCCUAUGGUCUUGACAGGAUGUCCAACAGCGGUGAAGCGAAGACGGUGCUCAUAUUUGAUCUUGGAGGCGGUACUUUGGAUGUCUCGAUUAUCAAUAUUGACAAGGGAAACUUUGUGGUCAAAGCCACGGCUGGGGACACCCAUCUUGGCGGGGAGGAUCUCAACAGUCAGAUGGUGGAGCACUUCGUGCAGGAUUUUCUUAGGAGACACAAGAGUAACAUCAGAGGCAAUCCGAAGGCCCUCAUGCGGCUGAGGACGGCUUGCGAGAGGGCGAAGAGGAUGCUAACUUCCACGGCGCAGGCCAAAAUUGAGAUCGACUCGCUCCACGACGGCAUUGACUUCUACGGGUCCAUCACCCGCGCCCGGUUUGAGGAAAUGAAUAUGGACCUCUUCCGCAAGUGCAUCGAACACGUCGAGAAGUGCCUCAGUGAUGCCAAGAUGGAGAAGUUCCAAAUCCACGAUGUUGUGCUUGUGGGUGGCUCCACCAGGAUCCCCAAGGUUCAGCAGCUGCUUCAUGAUUUUUUCAAUGGGAAGAAGUUAUGCAAGAGCAUCAACCCUGACGAGGCUGUGGCCUAUGGCGCUGCUGUACAGGCCGCUACCCUGAGCGGCGAAGGCGACCAGAAGGUGCAGGACUUGCUCCUUCUUGACGUGACGCCGCGCUCGCUCGGAGUCGAGAUAGUGCCAGGCCUCAUGAGCGUGCUGAUACCCAAGAACACCACCAUCCCUGUCGCGAGGGAGGGGCCUUACACAACAACGUUCGACUACCAGACCAGCGUUUAUUUCCCGGUGUACGAGGGUGAAGGGGAGUGGACCAAGGACAACAACCUCCUGGGCCAGGUCACGAUCUGGGGCGUGCCCCCACAGCUGGCAGGCAUGGCACAACUCAGAAUCACGUAUGAAGUGGAAGCGAACGGCAUCAUGAAGGUGACGGUGAUGGACCUGACGACUGGAAACAAGAGCAGCGUCACCAUCAACAAGGGUGGGCUGGACAAGAAGGAGAUCAAGAGCAUGGCACAGUAUGCCAAGAAGUGCAAGACCGAGGACAGGAAGGAAAUUAAUAAGAUAAAGAAAGAAAACGAGCAAGAGAUCAAGCGCAUGGCAAAAAUGAAUCGCAUUUUGCCGGCUGCUGAGAAGUACACGCCCGAGGACAAGAAACAAGUUAAGAAAAUAAAGAAGGAAAACGAGGAAGGCUGGCUGAGCAAGGAGGAGAUGGAGCGCACCUCCAAAGACAACGAGCAAACUAAUAAGAAGAUAAAAAAGGAAAGUGGAGGCCCAUGA